CCACCGUCCCUCAAGUUGAUCGGUGGCAUUUGUUUUUCGAAACUCCCAAAACUCAGCACCCGGCCUCAACACCCAACCCUGAAAAACGCAUUCACAAUCAAUGAUGGAAAAUAUUAUUAUAGUUAUAGGACGCCUCUUGUUCCUUCUUUUGGCGCUGGAAUUCCAGCUGCAGGCAUUCUUCAGCUCUGCCUCUGCCUCCAAAGCAGCUAGUGGAAUCAAGUAUCUUCCUGGAUUCGAUGGCCCGCUUCCAUUCUACUUGGAAACAGGGUAUAUUGGCGUGGGAGAAGCAGAGGAGGUGCAGCUGUUUUACUAUUUUGUCAAGUCAGAGAGGAAUCCAGAGCAAGACCCUCUCAUACUCUGGCUUACUGGAGGUCCUGGCUGCUCGUCCUUGUCUGGUCUCGCCUUUGAGAUCGGUCCUGUUCGGUUUAAAGUGGUCGAAUAUAAUGGGAGCUUACCCACAUUGGUCUUGAAUCCUGACUCUUGGACAAAGGUUUCCAGUAUAAUAUUUUUGGACCUCCCAGUUGGAGCAGGGUUCUCCUAUGCAACAAGCGAGCCCGCUUCCCGAUCAAGUGACAAAGUACAAGCAUCCCAAGCUGUCGAAUUUAUGCGAAAAUGGCUAAAGAAACAUCCGAAGUUCCAAACAAAUCAAUUUUACAUCGGCGGAGAUUCCUAUGCGGGCAUCCCUCUACCCAUCGUGGUUCAAAUCAUUUCUUACGUGUACUUGCAAAAAACGGUUCACAAUUUUGAGUGCAACUUAUUUACAUCUUUUAUGUGUUGCAUACAGUCAUUGAAGACAAGUUGUGGCGAGGAAUAUCACGAUGUUGAUCCUACCAAUCAUGAAUGUAUCAACAAUUUAGAUGCUUUUGAUGAGUGUUUGUCAGGAUUAUACACUGAGAACAUAUUAUAUCCAAAGUGUGCAAUAGCUUCUCCAAAGCCAAUAAUGGAGGAGAUCCAGAUGGACAAGAGGAGGAGAUUCCUAUGGGACAAAUAUAGACAACAAUCUCUAUCUAUAGAUGUUCCUACAUUCGGUUGUCCGACUUACCCUUACCUUCUUUCCGAUUACUGGGCGAAUGAUGCAGUUGUCCGCAAAGCACUUCAUGUGAGAAAGGACACAGUGCAGAGAUGGAUACGAUGUAACUACAGGUUAGAUUACAAUUCAGAUGUCAGCAGCAGCUUUCAGUAUCAUGUCUACCUUUCAACCAAGGGUUAUCGUUCGUUGAUAUACAGUGGGGAUCAUGAUAUGGUGGUACCAUCAAUGGGAACGCAAGCCUGGAUUAGAGCUCUCAACUACUCCAUUGUAGAAGAUUGGCGAUCAUGGCACGUGGAUGGCCAAGUUGGAGGGUAUACAAGAACAUACUCCAAUGGAAUGACAUUUGCAACUGUCAAGGUGAGGGGAGAUAGCUAAUUAAUGUGUUCAUUCUCACGUUUUUGUCACGUCAACGAAAUUCAAUGUCUCUUUGACCACUGUUUGGUCAACUGUUAUUUCCAACGGUCAAUAAAAGUGUCAGGACAUAAAUGUCAAACACAGAAAGCUCGUGCUAGGAUUGUCAUAUUGAAUAGUUGAGUACAUAAAUGACAUUUUUUAAUAGUUUGGACUUUGGGUUUUUUUUACAGGGAGCUGGGCAUAUAGCAGUAGCGCACAAGCCUCUAGAGUGCUCGGUUUUGUUCAAAAGGUGGAUAAAUCAAGAGCCUCUGUGAAAACAAGAUAUGCAAAGAAAAGGUUCAAGUCAGUAACGCAUAAAUUUUUGCAAGAAAGACUUUAUUUAUAUAUAAAUAAAGGGACGUCAUACUGAAGUUGUUUAGGCAAGAAACUUUUGGUCCUGAUUCAAGCUUUGUUUGCUAGAUUUCUUCAAGGGUUGGCCUGAUUAGUCGAAGGAAGGAUGGGUAUCACUCCCGUUAUCUACACUCAAAUGAUCAAUAUUAGUUUCAUUGUGAGGAAGAACACGGAGAGUAACGAUAGAGAGAGAUAAGGGUAUGUAAAGUGAGGAGAGGAGAAGACUCUUUACUUGGAAGACAUAAUGUAUGCUCUAUAUGCAAAAGCUUGUGUUACUGUUUUGGACUUUGAUUGUAACUUGAAGGUGUUUGUGGGCUUGGGCACAUAUGCAUAUCGUUG